GGCGGAGCGACCAAUGAGAUCCCCUCGUGACACUCACGUGAUUUAUGAACAGGAAGAAUCUGAUCUCCGUGCAGUGGAGACUGAAUUUUGAGAUCAGACUUUCCUCAUCAUGGUGGAUUUUCUGGCCGAGAACAACUUGUGUGGACAGGCCAUCCUAAGGAUUGUGUCCAGAGGAAACGCCAUCAUAGCAGAAUUACUGAGACUCUCAGAUUUUAUUCCUGCAGUUUUCAGACUCAAAGACAAAAGUGACCAGCAGAAAUAUGGAGACAUCAUCUGUGACUUCAGCUACUUUAAAGGUCCAGAGUUUUACGAGAGUAAACUGGAAUCAAAGGCAGAGCUGCAGGAUUUGGAUGAGGAGUUCCGGGAAAAUAACAUUGAAAUAUUAACACGGUUCUACCUGGCCUUUGAAAGUGUCCACAAAUAUGUUGUAGACUUGAUAAGGUACCUGGAGGACCUCAGUGAAGGGGUCUACAUUCAGCAGACACUGGAAACUGUUUUACUAAACGAAGAUGGAAAACAGCUUCUGUGUGAGGCUCUGUACCUGUAUGGAGUCAUGUUACUGGUCAUUGAUCAGAAGAUGGAGGGGGAGGUGAGAGAGAGGAUGCUGGUGUCUUACUACAGAUACAGUGCUGCUCGCUCCUCUGGCGACUCCAACCUGGAUGACAUCUGUAAGCUCUUACGCAGCACCGGAUACUCCAGCAACCCGGGAGCCAAACGGCCGGCCAACUACCCCGAAAGCUACUUUCAGAGAGUUCCCAUUAAUCACACUUUCCUCAGUAUGGUGAUUGGACGACUCCGCUCAGACGACAUCUACAACCAGGUUUCUGCAUAUCCUCUGCCAGAACACCGUAGUACAGCUCUGGCCACGCAGGCCGCUAUGCUGUGUGUCUGUUUAUAUUUUACCCCUUCCAUCUUGCACACUCAACAGGCCAAGAUGAGAGAGAUUGUGGACAAAUACUUCCCUGACAAUUGGGUUAUAAGCAUAUACAUGGGAAUCACUGUGAACUUGGUGGAGGCGUGGGAACCAUAUAAAGCUGCUAAAACAGCCCUGAACUACACGCUGGACACGGCCAACAUCAGAGAACAGGCUGGUCGAUACGCUACCAGUGUGGAGAGUUUGCGGCCGCAGGUGCAGCAGUUGUUGAAGGAGGGUUUCCUGAGAGAAGAAAUUGUUCUGGACAACAUUCCCAAACUGCUUAACUGCCUCCGCGACUGUAACGUCGCCAUCCGCUGGCUGAUGCUGCACACUGCAGAUUCUGCUUACGAUCCAAACAACAAGAGAUUGCGUCAGAUCAAAGAUCAAGUCAUCAACGACUCCAAAUACAAAUCCAAAAUUCUGUUUCAGCUCCUGCUGGAUACGGCCCAGUUUGAGUUCAUACUCAAAGAGAUGUUCAAGCAGAUGUUGGCAGAGAAGCAGCUCAAGUGGGAAAGCUAUAAGAAAGAGGGUUCAGAGAGAAUGAUGGAGUUGGCUGAGGUGUUUUCUGGGGUCAAGCCUCUCACCAGGGUGGAGAAAAACGAGAAUCUUCAGGCUUGGUUCAGAGAGAUCUCCAAACAGAUCGAGUCUUUGAACUAUGAGGACUCGACGGCUGCUGGUAGGAAGACUGUUCAGCUCAUUCAGGCUCUAGUGGAGGUGCAAGAGUUUCACCAGCUCGAGUCAAACCUGCAGGUGUGUCAAUUCCUGGCAGACACACGCAAGUUCCUUCAUCAGAUGAUCCGCACCAUUAACAUCAAAGAGGAAGUGCUCAUCACUAUGCAGAUAGUGGGGGAUUUAUCAUACGCCUGGCAGAUCAUUGACAGCUUCACGUCAAUAAUGCAAGAGAGCAUCCGAGUGAACCCCUCGAUGGUGACCAAGCUCAGAGCCACUUUUCUAAAGCUGGCCUCUGCUCUGGAUCUGCCUCUUCUACGAAUCAACCAAGUGAACAGUCCAGAUCUGCUUAGUGUUUCUCAGUUUUACUCUGGGGAGCUGGUGGCUUAUGUCAGAAAGGUACUGCAGAUUAUUCCAGAGAGUAUGUUCACCUCUCUGGCUAAAAUCAUCAAGCUGCAGAUCCAUGACAUUAUGGAAGUGCCCACUCGUCUGGACAAAGACAAACUGAAGGACUACGCUCAACUCAGUGCCCGCUAUGAGGUAGCCAAACUCACUCAUGCCAUUUCGGUGUUUACUGAAGGCAUCCUGAUGAUGAAGACCACACUUGUCGGCAUUAUCAAGGUGGAUCCAAAGCAGCUUCUGGAGGAUGGAAUCAGGAAAGAGCUCGUCAGACGUGUCGCUUACGCCCUGCACAAAGGCCUCAUCUUCAACCCCAAGGCCAAACCCAGUGAGCUGAUGCCAAAGCUGAAGGAAAUGGCUGCCACCAUGGAUGGCUUUUAUCGCUCGUUUGAGUACAUUCAGGAUUACGUCAGCAUCUAUGGACUGAAGAUCUGGCAGGAGGAAGUUUCUCGCAUCAUCAACUACAACGUAGAGCAAGAGUGUAACAGCUUCCUCAGGACAAAGAUCCAAGACUGGGAAAGCGUCUACCAGUCCACCCACAUACCCAUCCCUAAAUAUCCAUCAGUUGAUGAAUCUGCAACAUUCAUUGGACGUCUUUGCAGGGAAAUCCUGAGGAUCACAGAUCCAAAAACUACAUGUUACAUUGAUCAGCUGAACACCUGGUAUGAUAUGAGGACACAUCAGGAAGUGACCAACAAUCGACUCUUCUCUGAGAUUCAGGACACGCUGGGAACCUUCGGCCUGAACGGACUCGAUCGUCUCUUGUGUUUUAUGAUUGUGAAAGAGCUGCAGAAUUUUCUUACAGUCCUUCAGAAGAACAUCCUAAAGGACAAAGCUGUGGUGGAAAUCUUCAAAGCUCUGUUGACAGCUGUCAAUCCUGUGAAAGGGAUUGUGGCGAAUGCAAGUAAAGUCUACGCCAAUGCUGUGGCCAAAACUCAGAAGAUCUGGGCAGUGUAUCUGGAAGCCAUCAUGAAGGUGGGUCAAAUGCAGAUUUUGAGGCAACAGAUAGCCAAUGAACUGAAUUACUCCUGCAAAUUUGAUUCCAAACAUCUGACUGCCGCACUGGAUAAUCUGAACAAGUCUCUGCUUGCUGACAUUGAAGCACAUUACCAAGAUCCAUCGCUGCCAUACCCCAAAGAGGAAAACACCCUCCUCUACGAGAUCACCGCUUACCUUGAGGCAGCUGGAAUCCACAACCCACUUAAUAAAAUCUACAUCACGACGAAGCGUCUGCCUUAUUUUCCGAUCGUGAACUUCCUGUUUCUCAUCGCUCAGCUACCAAAACUGCAGUACAAUAAAAGCCAAGGAAUGACGUGCCGGAAGGCAGCAGAUCCGGUCGAUUGGGUUCCUCUGGUCUUGGGACUUCUGACACUCCUCAAACAGUUUCACUCCAGAUAUACGGAACAGUUCCUGGCUCUUAUCGGCCAGUUUAUUCGCUCCAUAAUGGAGCAGUGCACCAGCCAGAAAAUUCCAGAUAUGCCUUCAGAUGUAGUUGGAGCAUUAAUGUUUCUGGAGGACUAUGUGCGUUACACUAAACUGCCCAGAAAGGUGGCAGAAGCUCAUGUGCCCAGUUUCAUUUUUGAUGAAUUCAGGACUGUGCUGUAAAGUUGUCUGUUGUACUGUGAAACCAUGUUUGAUACCAUUUAUCUUUCUCUAAAAGCACUAAUGAAAGAAAAAAAAAUUAAGCAAUUAGCAAUUUCAAUUUUGUGUUCUUUUCUAAUACAGAGUAGCUGUUACUGACCUAAUGUCUCCUGAUGUAAUAAAAUACCACAAAGUUUUUUUUUUUUUAAACAUUUCCAUAAUUUCAGGAAAAUUAAGCACCUUUAAAGAAAGAAUAAGAAUGUUUUCUAAUAAAACUGUAAACCACAAGGGGCUAUGCGUUACAGUGAUUUUACCAUAGUAAGGGGUGUUUUUAGGCAAGAUAUGAAACCGGAAUGUCUAAAACUCCCUUAAGUGUGGUACACUCAUUGUAACGCAAGGCCUCGUAUAGUUUAUUGCUUUUAUAUUAAACUGUGGCAACAUCUGAUCAGAAUUUAGAGUCAGAACUUUGUUGUAAUCAGCCAAUAAUACUGUACACUUGCACUAAAAUCCUUUUUUUGUACACAACACAGACAAGACGUCAUUUGAAUGAAAUUUUUACUUUAUCUUAAAUAUAUUACAAUACUUAAUGGAUACUGUAUGAAAAAAAAGAGCUUUUAUCAUUUUAAUUGUCAGUGUAUGUACAGCACACAAUAAAACAAAACAGCAAUGAAGAAUCUAUGAAUACCAACACUGUGUACAUGAUCAGAUGCGAACACAAGAGAAACAGCAUAGGGUGUGACAGCUGUUGAAUUAGCAUAAGGCAUUUAAAAAGACUCAAAAUGUACAUUUCUACUGCAAAAAAACAACUAAUCAGUGUUGAAAAUGAUUUACUUCCAGUUAACGCUGUCCUAUAUUUGCAAGUCAGUUCAGUAUAUGUGUGUGUGAUCUCAGUGUAAGUGGUCUGGGCCUGUUUGGUGAGUGUAAAUAUGAAUUUUCCUAAAUACAUUCAAAAGCAUUUGGUUUUGUCCUCCAGUCAAGGGUCACAAGGGUCAAAUGACUGACUGGCGUCAGGAUGAAUCUUUGACUGAAAGCAUCUCUCCUUCUGUGGUUUUAUUCCAGUACGAGUCUUAAAGGUUGUGUGCUUUUUUUACGGACAGAUUAGGGUCACAGUGAGCAGAGUAUUGCUUCAGAUGGUCAGUUAUUAUGGCUGUGUAUUAAAAAAAGAAACUUAAUUGUAUUAUUGUAAAUUGAAUGUUUGAUGAAGACAUGGCAUUGGCAUUGAAUGCAUUUCUGCAUGUAAACUGCAGGUACAAACACAGAAACUGGACAACCGUGUCACACAUGGUGUAUAAAGGCGACCUGUUUGCGAAACAAUAAAAAUAAUUUUAGCUAAAUCUCAACUUGCACAAAAACCUAUUGCAGUAGUUAUUAUUCUAAAGCACUUAAUCAUCAUUGGGAUUAAAUAUGUACAUGUAAUAAUACUGGGGAGGGAAAGACUUUUACAAAGUUACCUUAAAAAUACUUAAUAUACAUCAUGGCGAUAUUGUCUGAUGUUAGUUGUGGGCUACAGGCAGAGUGCAAAAAAUCAGUGCAGACAGAUCAAAUGCACAGCAGGCUAUGUACAGAUAAAAACUGCCAUUACCAAUACAAUACUGACCAAAAAAGUAAUCUUUAAAGGCUGACUGGUCACGUGACCAAUGUUCAUGAAGGAUACUGCAGAGUUUCUUGGUGUAAAAGAGUGUCAUGCUGUAAACGAAGGGCAAAUAUAUCUACCAAGUAAUGGGCAUCAAUCAUGAAAAGUAAGCAAAACACAUUUCUGUGUAAAUCGCUAGGAAAAACCAUUCUGUAAUAGUCACUAUGAGUUGAAUGUGGUAAAUUAUGCAAGAAUAGUUUAAAUUUAGAAAAUAUUAUUUCAGUUUUUGCAUACAGCUAAGCCAUGACAAACCAUUUAUUUCCUCUGUUAUUCACCAAAUUCUACUUAAUUUUCAUGAAUUAUUGUUAUUAUUAUUAGUUUUAUACAUUGUAUAUGCAAAAUUGUUUCUCUUUAUCAGAAAUCUAAAAAUUAAUUGUCAUUUCCAUGACAAUGGCAGCAUAUUUCACAAUAAGCAAAGUAACCAAAACAAUCAGCUAAAAUCACAUUCCUUAUGCUUACGAGAGAAUUAUAAGGUGAUGAUGAACAAAUGAAAUAAUUACAUUCAGCUGUGAGCAUGAGGGAAAAUAAACUAAUUAAAACAAACAGAGACAAACUAAGGCCUUAUCCACAUUACAAGACAGAAGUUCUUUGCCAUGAACACAUUUCUUGUUUUCGGUCGUGCUGUCAACGGUAUGGUGUGAACCUGACGCAACUAAUCACAAACUACUGUAGGUGCAUCAGUUACAAGAUCAACCUCCUCCAAGAUUGGUCCUGAAGUUGUCUAAUGACAACUUGUAAUAAUUCGUAAGAAAUGGCAAAACUGAAAGGUAUCAUUUUUACAGUCAUUUUAGGGUUUGUUGACAUUACAUUGUCAUGGCAAAAAAGUUUUCAAAUUGGCUAUAACUUUACACACAAAAAAGAUUAUUAAGCGUUUUUGUCACACUAAAAUCAUGUUAACAUGCAUAUUGUUUAUGUCUUGUGUCUAUACUUUUGAAAUAGUAUUUUAACAUUUACAGAUUGGCUCCAUUCACUAUUGUAAGCGCCUCAUUGUAACCCAGAUUUUUGCUUUUUCUAAAGAAGAGAAAGGGCAAGUCAAAAUUAAUUUAGGUGGUAAUCAAUAUUAUGCCAAAAAUGCUGUCGAUUGAGUUUAACUUGUAUUGAACCUGGAAUAAUAAUACACAAGUUUUAAGCAUUACAUUUCUUUGACUUCACGUAACUGGUAUUUAAAUUUUUUUUUAUUAUAAUUUUUUUUUAAGGAGGAACAAGUCAAUAUACAUUUUUGUUGCAAUCAACAUUCUCCCACAAAUUAUGUUGACUGAGCUUAACUUGUAUUGAACCCAGAAUACUCUUUUAACAUGCAGGCCUAGCAGUAAUUUUUUCACUGAAUGUAAAUGUAAAAUGAUCAGAGACAGUACGUACACCGGCGAUUGGUCGGAAAGAUUUCAAACUAUUUUGUGGAAAAAGGCAGAAGAAAUGUGUUUGGAAAUGUACCUAAAUUUCAUAAACUUCCUCAGUUGUGGAAUAAUACUAAUAUACUGACAGGGAAUAAACCUUUUACAUCUCCACUCUGGGUCUCCAAGGGAAUUCAUACGUUAGGAGACAUAUUCUGCGAAUAUGGAUUAUUCGACGCUCGUUUCAUGAUUUACAGAUUAUGUUUGACCUCUCUGGUUUCUCUUUUUUUCUUUAUUUGAGAUUGAGAUCAGCCAUGAAAGCAUAUGGAGUUCCAUGGAACACAUCACUAACUUCUCAUCCUAUGUCGGCAUGGUUUGAUUGUGUUAAACGAUCUAGAGGCCUGGUUUCCAUAAUGUACAGCGCCCUUUCAGAAGUACAAUACAAACGCCUGCCAACUGAGAUUGUUUGGGAAAAGGAGUUACAAAAGCUUGGCCUUUGUUCUGAUUGGUAUACGGUAUGCUCAAACGUAAGCAAUACGUCUCGAAAUUGGAGUCACCAGCUUAUCCAUUUUAAAACCAUUCAUAGAGCUUAUGCUACACCGUACAGACCAUACAGACUGGGUUUAACAUCCAAUCCUAACUGUACUUUAUGCCAAAAUGCUACAGUUGGCAUGGUAUAUAAUGUUUUGGGAAUGUUUAGUUUAAAUAAUUUCUGGACUCAAGUUUGUUGUACUCUAGAAGAAAUGAUUAGGUCUACUAUUAUUAUGUCUUCUGAAUGAUGACUCUUCUUUGAAUCUUGGAUCAAUGGACAAAAUAAUUUGUUAGUGCAGCAAAUAAGGCAAUAUUCGAACUUUGGUGGGGUACUAAUGCAGGCACAAGUAGACUGUAAUUACUGAACAUGCAAUACAUAGUUAAUAUGGACUGCUCUACAGCCAGGCUUAACAAAGCCAGGCCCAGAACAGCGGUUAAGGGUUUCAAAAUCUAUCCGUGAUUAUCUUACCGAGCGAUAAGACUUAUUCUUUUAAUCCUGUAAAGUGUUUUUCAUUCAAUCAUUUCUAUGGUAUCAUGUAAAUACAUGUAGCAUUUAAAAGUAGUGCUGACAGUAUUUGUUCUUUUGUUUGUCUUUUGUUUGUAAAAAGAGAAAAUCACAAAAAUAUUCUCAUAGCAUCUGAGACUAAUAAAUCUGAACUGGAAAGUGUUGGAAGUGCACACACUAGAAGAGUGUUUGGUUGGCAUUUUACUUAAAACAGGACCUAAAACAGGAACGGGCAAUGAGCUUCUGUCUAGUAGAUGUGCUAGGCAUAAGGGGAUUUGCCACACUCUUCACAACCAAAUAUGAAACAGAAAAAUACUACAGUCUCACAUUUCAACUGGUGCUUCUGCAUUAUUUGACAUAUGUACAAAAUUCACUGAGAAAGUUUGACUGUAUGAACUGUGAUGAGAACUUGGAGGGACGUUUAAAACAUGAAUGAAUCUUACCAGCCUACAGAGCUGUCCUCCGAUACAUGCGGCCCCCUUGAGUGAAAGAUCUUCAAACAUUUUUACAUCAUUACACUACAGGGAAUCGAUAAACAUGUUUUCUCAUGCAUACAGCAGUAGGUCCUACAGUGACAGCGUGCUUCCAAAACAAUAGUUACUUUCUUCUCCUAUACAAGCUUCUUGCACCUGGGAAUUUACAGCACCAAUCACAAGACAGCAUGUGUGUUUUGAGGCGGGGAAGUUCAUGUGUAGGGUCACAAGAGGGUGGGGUUUAAUGAGGGCACGAGUGGCUUUUGAUGUCUGUGUAUCUGUUCAGCACGGCUGCCAUUCCGGGUUUGUCUCGUGAUGAAGUCAUGUUCCUGAGUCCUGUUUAAGAAUGACAGCAGGAAUGGGAAUCUGAUACUGUGCUCCCCAACAUCCAGGGUGAGACGGCUCCACAAUACUACCGCUGAACAGACAUCAGAGGAGACCACGGCCAACUCUUCC